AUGGCCGUUUCUAUUCCCCACUCGUUCAAGGAGAAACUCAUUCGCGAUGAGGUUGCAUCGACCCUGAGCGUCAAACUAGUCAAGUCGGUAGAACUUCCCAUGAUGGCCAAGACAGCAGGAUUCGACGGGAUCCUAGUCGAUAUGGAGCAUUCCUCAUUCGAUCUCGAGACGACCUCCCAAUUGUGCAUCGCUGCGCUGUACGCCGGGAUCUCGCCUAUCGUACGCGCGCCCAGCAAGGAUCCCUUUUUUGUCUCAAGGAUCUUAGACGGCGGUGCCCUCGGUGUUAUUGUGCCGCAUAUUCGCAGUGUACAAGAUGCACGAGACGUUGUUGCUGCUGCCAAGUUCCAACCUAUCGGCACACGAUCAUCGACCAACGGACUUCCUCAUUAUCAGUUCCGUACGAUUCCUGCCAAGGUCUCAAAUCCCAUCACAAAUGACGCUACUCUGGUUAUACCAAUGAUCGAAACUCUUGAGGCACUAGAGCUGGUCGACGAGAUUGCAGCAGUGGAAGGCGUGGACUCUCUACUUAUCGGUACCAACGAUCUGACGGCGGAGAUGGGUAUCCCGGGCGACUACGAAAACCCUAGACUCACAGAGGCCUAUGAGCGGACGAUCGCUGCCUGCAAUAAGCACGGGAAGUGGGUUGGAGUGGGAGGUCUUCACUCACGCAUGGACCUCGUAGAAAAGUUCUGUCAAAUGGGUGCUCGCUGGGUCAUGGCUGCGACGGAUGGUCCCUUGCUUAUUGCCGGUGCCACGAAGAGAGCGGCGGAGAUGGCUAGCCUCAGUGACAGGACAACUGCCCAUACAAAUGGCAAAUCAUAG